GCAGCGGGACCCGAGCUGCAGCAUCUGCCCGGGUGCACCGCGCGCGGCGCCUGGCCCGUCCCGACCCCUGCCGGCCCCCAGCGGGGAGGCAGCAGCUGCCCGCGCGUGGGCAGGGGGAUCGCGGCGCCGGCACGCGCUGAGCCAGGGGCAGGGACCGAGGGACACAGGCAUUGCCGAGCGCCUGGCGCUCCCAGCCUGGGCAGUUCGGGGCGCUGGGCGGAUGAGCUUCGAGAUGAGACAGGUGCCCUUAGCCGAGGGGCUUCUGGCUCUUCCCGCAACCCGGGCACAGGAGCAGAGCUCGGGGGACCACCCAGCUGUCAGCGGACCUCAGUCCUUUCAGAUCGUCUCUUUCAAAUGGGGGCAUGUGCAGGAGCCCUACAUCAUUGCGCUCUGGAUACUCGUGGCCAGUCUGGCCAAAAUCGUUUUCCACUUGUCCCACAAAGUCACCCGCGUGGUUCCAGAGAGCGCUCUGCUGAUUGUCCUUGGCCUCUUGCUGGGCGGUAUCGUGUGGGCUGCAGACCACAUUGCCUCCUUCACCCUUACACCAAAUGUAUUUUUCUUCUACCUGCUGCCACCCAUUGUCUUAGAUGCCGGAUACUUCAUGCCAAACAAAUUGUUUUUUGGAAACCUUGGUACCAUCCUUCUGUAUGCUGUAAUCGGGACUGUAUGGAAUGCCGCCACGACGGGCUUGUCUCUCUAUGGUGUCUACCUGAGCGGAAUAAUGGGCCAACUCAAGAUUGGGCUGCUGGACUUUCUCCUGUUUGGCAGUCUGAUAGCUGCAGUGGACCCUGUGGCUGUACUGGCUGUGUUUGAAGAAGUUCAUGUCAAUGAAGUUCUGUUUAUUAUCGUUUUUGGAGAAUCGCUGCUGAACGAUGCAGUAACUGUGGUGCUGUAUAAUGUGUUUGACUCUUUCGUUGCAAUGGGAGCUGAUAACGUGACUGGGGUGGACUGUGUAAAAGGCAUUGUGUCUUUCUUUGUGGUGAGCCUGGGAGGAACAUUUGUUGGCAUUGUCUUUGCAUUCCUGGUCUCGCUGGUCACUCGCUUCACCAAGCAUGUCCGAAUCAUUGAACCUGGAUUUGUGUUUGUGAUCUCAUACCUGUCCUACCUCACAGCAGAGAUGCUUUCUCUUUCUGCCAUCCUUGCGAUAACUUUCUGUGGUGUCUGCUGUCAAAAAUACGUCAAGGCUAAUAUUUGUGAUCAGUCUUCUACCACCGUGAGGUACACCAUGAAAAUGUUGGCAGGUGGAUCUGAGACUAUUAUAUUCAUGUUCCUGGGAAUUUCAGCUGUAAAUCCAGACAUCUGGACUUGGAACACAGCUUUUAUACUAUUGACUUUGGUCUUCAUCUCAGUGUACAGAGUCAUUGGUGUAGUAAUACAGACAUGGGUUCUAAACCACUACAGAGUGGUCCAGCUGGAAAUAAUAGACCAAGUGGUAAUGUCGUAUGGUGGACUACGGGGAGCUGUUGCUUUUGCUCUAGUCGCACUUCUGAAUGAGAAUAAAGUGAAGGAAAAAAACCUAUUUGUCAGCACAACUAUCAUUGUUGUGUUCUUUACCGUUAUAUUCCAGGGUUUGACAAUCAAGCCUUUGGUACAGUGGCUAAAAGUGAAGAGAAGUGAGCACCGAGAGCCCAAACUGAAUGAGAAACUCCAUGGCAGAGCUUUUGAUCAUAUUCUUUCUGCUGUUGAAGACAUAUCUGGACAAAUAGGACAUAAUUAUCUGCGAGACAAGUGGUCCAAUUUUGAUCGGAAAAUCCUCAGUAAAGUACUGAUGAGAAGGUCUGCUCAAAAAUCAAGAGACCAGAUUCUUAAUAUUUUCCAUGAGCUCAACCUGAAGGAUGCUAUUAGCUAUGUGGCUGAGGGAGAGCGCAGAGGUUCCCUGGCUUUUAUUCGUUCUUCAAGUACUGACAACAUGGUCAAUGUGGACUUCAGCACUCCUCGACCAAGUACUGUAGAAACCUCUGUCUCCUGUUUACUGAGAGAAAACGCCAGCUCGGUUUGUCUUGAUAUGCAAGCCUUAGAGCAGAGGAGAAAAAGCAUACGAGAUACAGAGGAUACCAUCACUCACCACACACUGCAGCAGUACCUCUACAAACCCAGACAAGAGCACAUACAUCUGUACAGUCGGCAUGAGAUCAUUCAGAAUGAAGACGAAAAACAAGACAAGGAGAUUUUCCACAGGACAAUGAGGAAGCGCUUAGAGUCUUUCAAGAGUACCAAACUAGGAAUAAACCAUCCCAAAAAGCUCAACAAAAACCACAAGAGGGACCGGGGCCAAAAAAGGAGAACUAGUAAUGCCAUACCAAAUGGAAAAAUACCUUCAGAAAAUCCAGUGCAAGAUUUUACUUUGAAGGAAAAAGAUGUGGAAUUUUCUGAUCCAGAAGAAAAUUAUGAAUCUCUGCAUACGGACAAAGGAGUUGACUUUUUAGCUAAUGUCACUAAGCAGAAUUGCACAGAUGCUACCUCUGGAAUUGAUAAUCCAGUAUUUUCAGCUGAUGAUGAUCAAAGUAUCUACAUGAAGUUCCCACCAUGGUUAUCUGAUGAAGAUUCUGUAGUACCAUCACAAAGGGCCCGAGUACAGUUACCGUAUUCUCCAAACAACUUCAGACGACUCACCCCGUUUCGCCUCAGCAAUAAAUCUGUAGAUUCCUUUUUGCUAGCAGAUGGCCCAGAGGAGCAACCCAGAGCUUUCCUCCCAGAAACAACGCAUAUGUGACACGAGCCAUAGUGCUGCAGUGACAGGAUACUCCUUCUCAGAUGAGAAACUGCUGCCUUGGAAACCUGACCAAGCAAAACAAAAUGCCUCUGUUUCAGAGAAACCCCUCCACUUCAUUCCAUCUUGCCUUCAAAGGCCCUGGGCACAAAGCUGUUCUUCACUGGAAAACCGAGGAAAUACACCUCUUUCUACUAUCUCAGAGCACAUGACUUCUUAUGACCCAAACCUAACAGAAGUCUAUUGGAAAGCAGUCUCAGAUACGAAUAACAAACCACCUGUCAAUUCAGGAUAUUGUUCUGAAACUAGUUAUGAGCCAGUGAAUUCACAACAAGACAAUUCUGUAGCGAUGCAAGAGAGGCUAGAGGAAUCUAACCCUAAGGAAAACCAAGAGAAGAAAACUCUGCUUAACACACAAGCUCACUACAGAUCUGCUGCAGCCAGGCGUGUACAAAGCCGACGCUCUUUUCAUAGACCAAAACCUUUGCAACAUCCCAAACUUCAAAAGUUAGCAUCUCUUCCAUCAUCUUGUCACAUCCCUCCACAUUCUCUGGAACAAGAAGAAACGCAGCUUUGAGCCUGGACUUACCUAACAGAAGACAAGUGUAGCGAAAAUGGACAAAGUCUCUGGAAAAAGAGAGAGAGAGUGAGAGAAACUCAAAGCAUUGAGACUUUUUCUAGUACCAUUUAAAGAAAGAAAGAAAGAAUCACUGGGGUCUACUUUUCUGCUGGACAUACACUAGUAAUUCCUCAUUCACAUUAAAGGGACUUAUGUGGUUGAAUCAAGUUGAUAACGAUGCUUCCAUUUUUCAUCUAAACUGUUACAAAGAUAAAUUCUGAGGGCUAUAAUGAGAAUCUUUUCAAAAGGGAAACCGAUGUUGGUUUUCAAAUUAAAAAUAGUUUUAAUAAUGCCAUAUAUUUCCAUAAAACAUCAUUAAGGCAAUACAUUGCAUCUGUAACAUUAAUAAUGCAGAUCAAUAUUCAUGCUGUGUGAAAUUGCUAUAUAUGAGGCCAAUGGUUAAAUCUCUUGCUUGCUAAAUCUAUUCCGGUUGAAAUAGAUUAGUGCCUCUUUAUUAAAUGUGAAAGCUGAAGAAGAAAUAUUAUCCUACUGUUGAAUUUUUGUAUCAUUGUGAAAAGCUAAUUUAAUUGUAGAUUUUUUGAUUCUCUGUUGUAAAUUCUUGGGGUGAAAUCUUGGCCCCACUGAAGUGAAUGGGAAUUUUGCUGUGGAUUUCAAUGCGGCCAGGAUUUCACCCUUGUUAUCUGUUUUAAGUGGUGCUGGGAAUUAAAGAAUGUACAGAGAUAGAAUAGAAGUAUAAUUUACAUGGUCCUAAACAUCUCAUUUAUAUUCUUAAUUAAGCUGCUCUUGUUCAAAUAGCCUCAGUCCCACAAAAGUGAAGACAUAGGUGAUUUAUCUGGCGACUUAGGUGUCUUCCAAAUUAUCUGUUAAGUCUUCCUAUUUAUACAUAACCCUCUCUGGAUAUUUUUUGGGAACAGUGAUUUUCCCCUAUACUGUCAUCUUCUGUGUCCUUUGACACAUUGCAUAGGUGCCAUGAUGACUCAGGAUGUUGCUAUUUUGUAAGUACUGUAUACCGACAUUUUGGCUAUACUGUAUGUAUAUAUUUGUAGAUAUUCAGAAAUAGAGUUUUUAUUUUCCAUUUUUUUGCUAAAUGAUGAUCAUUGAGAUUCUACCAGAUCUCCUCUCCUUACGAGCCUGAUCCAACCCCCAGUGAAGCCAGGGAAAGUUGUAUUAGUCCCUGUAUGAAAAUGAAGUACAAGUGAAAGGCUCUAAGGACUUUAUAUUUCCAUGCAAGACUUGAACUAACCCUGCAUGUCAGAUGGCUCCAGGCUUAGUUUAGCAGCUUCAUAUACAAUUUCUUCCUCUGUGGUGACAUGAUAUUCAGUAUAACCCCAAUCCCGAGACUCUGAGGCAGAUCCUCAGGCAGUGUAAAUAGUCAUAGUCCCCAUAGGUGCUUUUAAAAAUCCUAUUAGGCACUUAUCUGCACCUUUAGGCACGUACAUUCUUUUAAAAAUCUGGCCCUACAUGCCUAAUUAGCUCAUAAAAAGGGGACUUACUCUCCUAAAUCACUUAGGCACUUUCAAAAGUUUUAACCCUAUAGCUAGAACUCAGAUGUUACUUCAGAUUCUAUGGCCCAGAUUUUCAAAAGUGGCUUCUAAUUCUGGGUGCCUCCAUGCUUGGGUGUCCAACUUUAGACACACUGGACACCCAAAUAAUAAAACGAGUGGCAGUUUGCGGAAAUGCUGGCCCUGUACCUUUUUUCUGUCUGUGGCCUCUUAGCUGCUAGUGGUGAUGCUCAGAUACCAUGAGAAUGGACAUUAUGUAGGAAACUAGGUAGAUAAAUAACCUACUCCAUAGGGACUGGAUUCAAAUUACCAACUCAUUAUACACAAACCAUCUAGUGGUUCUCUGCUUUCUUUCAGUCCUCCUGUAGCCCAACAUUGACCACCUAGCCAGCCAUUCUUACUCUGAAUGGGAAUAUCAUGUUGCUUGGAAUAAAGUCCUUAGAAACCAUAGCAGGUCUAGCACCUAGAUGUAUGAUUUGAUGUCAAUGUAAUUUUUUGUGAAGUGAGUAAAUUAUGAUGUAUUUUUAUUAUUGUUUUGGUGCAGGGAAAAUAUUGUGUAACCAUAGUUCUGGGUAUUAUUAAUAGGCGUGAUUACUGGAAUUUUACUCAUCCCUGUGAUGAGGCAUGUGGAUCCUUUUUGAAAGCCACACUUAGACUGACCCAUUAUACAGCAGGAGAAACACUUUGGGCCACAUUCUCCAAUGCCUUGCACCUAGAAGAAUCAAUUAGUCCCACAAAAUCUUAUCCCCAGUUAACCAAGUGGCGAAUUUUGAUUUCACAGCAUUUUAUACCUAUUGUGCCCAGGUGUAAGUGACUAUACAAGAUGCUAGGCAAUGGAGAAUCCGUUCUUUAUUCUGAAUGUUUUUGAGCCACAUUCACCAAUAGGCUCUGGCUGCUUAGCACUGCUCUGCUGAUGCAAGAGCAACCUAACUGGCCAACUCAGCCAGCAUGGUGGCUGUUUGCAUCGCUGGAAUGGCACAAAGCAGCCAAGGCAUUCUGGUGAAUCUGGCUCAAUAUUUUUAGGGUAUUUUUCAUAGUCCCAGAAAGGCAGCAAUUGUCCUGUCGUAUCCCAGCAUAAUGCCUAAGAAUGAACAACAGAAUAACUCAGAUUCCAUUUCCAGAUGCUGGUUUUCUAUGAAAAACAUUCUUUUCCUAUUACUUUUGUGCAAAUUUCCUUGCUAUGUUGUAGCAGUAAGGAAUGGAGCAUCACGCGUUGACACUGUAAGGCGGCCUGGACUCUAAGCUACAUUUUCAAAAGUGCUCACAAACUAUCUGUACACAUGCAAACGUCUGUGUAUACCUGCAAACCCUGAUUUGCCUGUUGGUGCUUAUGCAAGGGUGGGGACUCUUGAAUAUGUAGUCUUAUAAAUUCAUGGUGUCACAUCCUGUUCUAGCAAAUUGCCCACAGGAUGGGUAAACAAAACCAUCUAUACAAAUACAACAGGAACUGGAAAAAAUAGGAGUUUGUAAGCUUUGGUGUGUGUUGCAGGCUGUAGCCCCAAUAUCAGGGGUUCUCAACCUGGGGGUCAGGACCCCUCAGGGGGUCGUGAGGUUAUUACAUGGGGGGUCGUGAGCUGUCAGCCUCCACCCCAAGCCCCGCUUUGCCUCCAGCAUUUAUAAUGGUGUUAAAUAUAUUAAAAGGUGUUUAUAAUUUAUCUGGGGGGUCGCAGUCAGAGGCUUGCUGUGUGAAAGGGGUCACCAGUACAAAAGUUUGAGAACCACUGCCCAAUAUAGUUUGCUGAGAUAUUAAAAAACAAACAAACAAAUGUUAACAGAAUUUUACCAACAGAAAUCACAGAAAGACAUUUAUACAAAAAGCAUCUAAUUCUCCUUGUGUGUACUAAUGAAGGUUUGCCAGCAUAGCUGUAGCUGUACAGGCAAACCCUCUUAGUGUAGACACAGCUUAUAUCAGUUCCCUGAACAAAAUAAGCUACAAAAACAGGGCCUUUUUUGCAGGUGUAACUGUGUGUACACAGAGAUCUUUUUCACAUGUCUAAUGGACAUUGCUGUGCAGAAAAAACUUCAAGUGUAGACAAGGCCCUACUCUACUGUAACUUCAUUGACUUUCAUGGAUUUACUCCUGAUUUACACCAAUAUUGAUGACAGGAGAAAUAGGCCCAAAGAGUAUAUAGUCUGCCUCAUUUCAGCUCCAUAACCUUUCUUGUGCACUUUUGAGUUGCAAAAUAUAUCCAUUUGGUGCAGAUAUUGAGCAAGAUCCUCAGCAGCUAUAAAUUGGUGUAGUGUCAUUAACUUCAAUGCAGCUACCCAAAGAUAUACCAGCUGCAGAUGUGGCUCUAUGCAUUAUGAGUGGUAUUUUCCUAGCUGUUUUCACUUUAAUUUCAUAAUGUAACCUUCAUGAUUUAAGCAAAUAGUUAAACCAUAAAGUAUAAAUAAUAGGUCUGAUUCCUUGCACCUUGUCUAGUCAGUUUCAUCUGAGAAAAAUGAGUGAAAUGCUACCAAGUCAGGAUGGAUUUUGUAUGGUAAUAGUGACUUCCCAAAGUGCAAAGCAGUGAAGAAUCAGGCUGUAAGGACCCGCUUUUCAGCUGGUAAAUCCGCAUAGCUCUGUUGAGGCUAGUGGAGCUGCUGCUGGUCUACACCAGCUGAUAAUCUGGCCCUUCUGAAUGUGUUCUCUCGUAGAAAGAAAUAUACUUUGUAGUCUGUGAGGAAUUCCACGGACACUAUUUAUUGAGUGUGUAUCUAUGGCCUACUCUUUGUACAAAGAUCAAAUCCAUAAAUAUUUGAGAUCUUUUCUACAAAUUUCGCUCCAGAGAGGAUUUUUUAUGUUUAUUAUGCUGCACUAUUAACCUACUAAUGUUAAAAAAAAAAAAAAUAGGAAGAGUGUAGUCUGCAUUAGGAGGUAGUUGGCCUCUCUGAGCGGUGAAGAUACUUGUAUGAAAUACUAUUUUACAAAUGUAUGUGAUCUAAUCAUUUUAUGUAAUACAAGUUGGAAAAUGAUGUGCCUUAAAAUGUCAUUCUCUGGACAGCUUCUGUUUGGCGAUUUCGUGUGCACUUUCCAAACCGUGUUAGCUUCCUUCUUAUAUUUUUAAACAGUAAAUUUGCUCAACUAAAAUGCCUUUAUAAAAAUGUUUUAAAAGCACAUUAUGAUGAGAACUUUGGCAAUAAACUGUAUGACUUUGGUUUAAUCAUGCUACAGUUGAAAAACUGGUUUAUGUAGCAAGUCCAUCUCUGAUAAAUCUUUACAAGAACACUCCAGCAUUAAAAAUAAUUCACUGAAA